ACGCCAGAAUGUUUAAAUAAUUCAAUUUGCUACUUUAAAAUAUGUUUUUUAGUUUUAGUUUUAAACUGCAUAAUAUAUUUUUUUCGUAAAUAUAAUUGGCCUAUUCUUAAUUUUGUCAUGGACAAAAAUAAAAACAAUUCUGAGGAACUCUUUUGUAUGCGGAACAAACAAAAUCACAGUUAUUGUUUAUCUUUUUUGCGUCUGUUUUGCUCCUUUCACAGGGCUCAAUAUUCAGAAAAAAAUCAGCUAUGGACUGCUGGUAAAUUGUAGCUGAUUGCUGGACUGCGACAGAAUGGAUGACAUCAUCAAGCAGGAUGAUUACCGGGAACUUCAGACUCAACUUGCCUUACACAAGGAUGGCUCCACACAGUGGAAUAACCUAGAGUCAUUGAUGUUUUCUUGUUGUGGUCAUGGAGCAGCAAAUUGUGUGGCAAUCUUGUUGGAACUGGGAGUUGAUAAAGACUGUAUGGAUGAGCAGAGGAUGACUCCACUGAUGCAUGCAGUCAAGAGUGGGUCAGUGGAAGUUGCAAAGCUGCUUAUCACCUGGGGCUGUCAGAUCAACGCUCUUGGUGGGGUCGAAGGUCAUUCAGCAUUGCACCUAGCAGCAGUGAAUGGAUAUCUAGAGCUUUGUGAGAUGUUGGUCCAGGCUGGAGCAAAUGUCAAUGUGAAAAAUGAGAAGGAAGAUACCCCGUUGAUUGUUGCCUCAGUCUUUGGCCAUCUGCCGGUUGUGAAGCAUCUCUUAAACUGCCAUGCCUCUAUCAACUGCAGGGGUUAUCAUGAGUGUUCUGCCCUUCAUGAGGCCACAGAGCAUGGUCAUUAUGAGCUCUGCUCUUAUCUGAUUGCCGCCAAAGCUGGCUUGGAGGAUGAAGACACAUUUGGAAACACGCCUUUGAUCUGUGCUGCGGAGAAAGGACACGUGAAUCUUGUGUUGCUAUACCUGGCUCAAGGGGCAGACGUGAACCGAGUGAGCCACAGUGGAACGACAGCUCUGCAUUAUGCUGCGAAAGAAGGCUGGACGUCAUGUUGCAAGGUUCUGCUACACCAUGGUGCAGAAAUUGAUGCUCAAGACAUCCGCCGUUUUACUCCUUUGAUGAUGGCAGCGCUGGAAGGACAUGAGAACGUAUUGAAGCUGAUGCUGGAUGCCAAAUGCAAUGUCAACAUGGCUGCCUACAACCGACGCACAGCCCUGCACUAUGCGGCUGAACGAGGCUAUAGCUCUUGCUGUCGGCUUCUCAUUCACUCAGGUGCAUGGGUGGAGGGUCUGGAUGCUGACCUUUGCUCCCCUGUGAUGUUGGCAGCUUGGAAAGGCAAUGUUGAGACAACUCGUCUCCUCCUGGACUAUGGCUCAACAUUGAACCGAUGGUCCCGACUAGGCCUGUCCAUCCUGCAUCUUGCUGCAGAGAGCGGGAGCACUGAAUGUUGUGAAUUGUUGCUUGAGCAAGGCAUGGACAUCAACAUACGUGGCUGUGAGAACAUCAUGCCCGUGAUCAGUGCCAUCAGGUGCCACCGCAUGUCCGCCAUCAGAUUCUUUAUCUCUAAAGGUUGCGCUAUGGGCAAAAAAACAGAAGAUACUCAUACUGUUCUGAAUGAGGCAAUCUUCAGGGAUAUUGAUUUUGAUGUCAUAGAGAAAAUGUUAGCUCGUGGGGCAAGUCCGAACACUGUUGAUGCAAACUCUACUCUACCUUUGUGGCAUGCUGUUGACAGCUGUAAUUUUCCAGUGAUAAAGCUGCUUUUGCAGUGUAAUAGCGAGUACUCAGUGAAGACUCAGUCUGUUCUGGUUCCAUGCAGCCCAUGCUCUCCCAUCAGUCAUGCGAUACACAGAGAAAACCCAACACUCAUCCAGUGGCUUGUUGCAGCGUACAGUGAAGAUGUUGCUCGUUUACUUCGUGGUACUGAGUGCCAGUACUCAUCUCCUUCUGGAAGCUCCCAUCUCCUCAGCCUGGUAAGGGACCUCGUGAAACAGCCGCAGAGCCUAUUGCGGCAGUGUCGGAGGGCGAUUCGGAAGCAACUGGGCUGUGGUUAUGUGGUCAAUCAGAAAGUCUGCAAACUGAAGCUUCCAACUCUCCUUCACAACUACAUGUUGUUCAGUGACCUGGACCCACCAUCCGAUUUAGAUGUGUCAUGACUUUUUAACCAAUUUCCUAAUAGUCUUGUUGCCUUUAAAUGCAUACUUGUAUUUUCAUUGGCUAUUCUGAAAGUGUCAAUCAAAUAACAUAAGACGUUUGAGUCACUGUUGAUCUUUAAAAGCAGCUUCAUGAAUAACUGAGCUACUGAGUUUACUUGGGUUACCUUGGAUGCUCAUAAUAUAUCCUUAUAAACCUUUUAGCUUUGGUUGGACUGCUUAUUUGAAUGGAGUCUGACUUGCCCAGACAAUAUCACAAACUUACAUGCACACAGACACACACACAUGUCAUGAGAAUGAGUCUUGUUCUAGCUGGUUGAGCAAACGUGAGCCAGAGAAGUAAUCUAAAUCUGUCAAUCUUUGCCACACGGUGCACUCUAUUUUCAAAGUCGAAACUUAAAUCUUUGAGUUUAAAGAAAUUGACCUAUAUCUGUAGGGUGAAUGAGCCUGCCCAAACAAAUCGUGUUGUCUAAAAAAAUACAAGACAGAGUUAUGAACAACUUGGAUGCAGAAUGCAUUUGAAAGGAGACACUUGAAAUAUUUGUGUUCUCAUUCGUUUGAUCAUAGUUUUUAAAUAUGUAAAAAGAAUUGUAACAGCUAACACUUGCUUUUUACAAGUAAUUGUUGCUUUCAGUACCAGCAUCAUUUUUGCUGGUGGUUAGAGGGCACCACUGGUAGGUCCUACUUUUUUUUACUUUCCCUCUGUUUUUUCUGUCUGUCUUACUUUUUUUCCAGCACUAAAUGACCAUUAUUGUGUCAAUGUGCUUCCCAUUACUUAAACAAAAAAGUGAUGCUUUUUUUGUGGCUGUUUUGAUCUGUUAUCUUGUGUUCCAAGUCAAUGACUGUUGUUGAUUCUGCAAUCAUCCUUCAAAUUGCACUUAAGUAUAUCCUCCUGAGUGAUAUAUAUAUAAUGAUGAUCUAUUCCUUUAAUGUGUGUCUAGAGUUGUCCUUUAGAUAACAAUGACAUAAUAAGCUGCCAAUUCAACUGCUCAGGUCCCUAGUCAGGGCUGUAGUAGAAAAUGUGGUUCUUAAGAAUCUCAGAUCUGAAUAUAAUACAUUCAUAUCCAUGUGUUUGAAAAGUUCAUUUGCAAAAACAAAAUGUAGGUAUAAUGAUUAUUCUUGUUUUGGAGUAAAUGUGAAGAUCAAUGUUAAAAGAAAAGUGAUAAAUGACUAUGAUACAGUUCAUUCAUAUAACAUUAACAAACAUCCCUUUGUUAUUGCUUGUGCUUUGCAAUAUCCCAGCAUCCCUUUGUUAAAAUAUUGCUGGUGCCUUGCAAUACUCACAUAUUAGAAUUUUUGACUAGCAAAGUUUCUUUUUUUGCAUAGAGUGAUAUAUUAUUUUUUUUGAAAACAAAAUUUACUUCCCACCAGUAGGCUUAUCUAAGUUUAUUGUAUGAGGCCCAAGUGACUAAAUAGUUUAUCCAUUAUAUUGUUCUGUACAUGUGUGCUUAAUCUGGAUUUGGGAUUAAAGAUAUUUCAAAGACUAUUAUCUCCAUCUUGGACUUAAAAAUGUCUCUUGUUGAUUCAAAACUUUUUUUUUUCCGUUUUCCACACCCAGUUGAAUAUAUUAGUUUUUCUUUUGCCAAGAGUUGGCUUUUCUGCUUUAUUUUUGCUCUCUGCUGCAUGUCAGAUUCUGAUUCUUAAUCUUAAUAGAUCUAGUCCUGUUUGGCCACAGCUAAAGGUACGAAAUUCUGAGAGAUGUCUAUUAUGACUGACUAUUUGUUGCAGAAAUUUUGUUUUCCUUUUUCAAUUUUCUUCUUUUUUUAUGUGGUCGAAUUCAAGAGGCAAAAUACGCAUGGUCAUGUUCUGUGCCUGUUUUGAGCUCAGUAGUAGAGGAGUUGAGUCUCUUUUACCAUUUUACCCAUGCUCUUUAUUUUGGUUCCCUCUUCCUGUUUUCUUCUUUAUAAAAUGGCUCUUGCUGGACUGCAGUAUGAGUGAAUGACCUUGGUUCGAUCUUGUGUUUUGUGUUUUCUCUUACUUUUUUAGUUUUCACAGCUCUCUGCCUUAGUUGGGCUACUUGUGUUAUAAUAAAUAUGUGCUCACAAGGCCUUUUCUAUUUCAUUUAUUUUGUCCCUCUUAUCAUAAAAUUUUUGUUCCUCUGCUUACAUUACCUAAGUUUCGUUCCUUCUUUUUGAGUACAACUCUAAAAUGAAAAAAUUUGAAAAAAAUUCAGAAGCGAAUUUGGUAUCAUUAAAAAAAAA